GCGUUCUUUCUGUUUUUUGGGGUCUCCUCCAUAUAGUGUGUGUGCGUUACGCUCGUCUUUUGUUUCGUGCGUUAUCCAAAACGCGUUCAAAGCAUUCGAAAUCGACGGCCACGACAGCAGUAAGAUAGACAGGCAUAGCACAUGAAAUGAAUUCCAUGGCCAAAUCCAACGUAUCGUGAAACACGAAAGACAAGACUACGAUAAAUAUAAUAGCGAGAAAAAAAAACACAAAAACAAAAGAGAAGUAAAAAAAGUAUAACGCCAAGUGCGCUCGUGUUCGUGUAUUUCCGGUUGAACAAACACAUAAGCAAAAAGUAAAGAAAGAAAAGCCAGCAAAAUUAUAGAAAAUAAUAAAAAAGGACACAUACGAGCAGCAGCAGCAGCAGCAGCAGCCAAACAACGAGUGCAAGUAUAUACUUAGAAGGUAGUAUAUAAGGAGCACAACCAACGAGCGAUUGCGAUUGUGACUGCGACUGGUACGGGUACUGGAGAGGCAAAAAGUGAAAAUACACAUAAAAGUUGCAAAAAAGCAGCACAAUAUUUUUCAUAAGUUUACAACACACACUGACGCACACUGACACAAUCACACUCACACACAUAACCAUUUUCUAAUAUAUAGCCAGAAGGCAAGAAAGGGAACAUAAAGGCUAGCAGUGAGCAGUGAGCAGCCAGAGCAUAUGUGAAAGAGCGAUAAAGGCUAACGCACGACCUUUGGCACAGAGUUCAAAAGCAGCAUCAUUGCAAAGAGUUGGGAGCCAACAAAUCAAUAAGUGGUUGGAAAGAAAGCAAUUUGCCAGCUGAGCAGCAGUCGAACUAUCCACAAAGCCUUCAAAAUUCACUCACAAAUUAUGCUGGCUAUGUCGACACUGAUGAUGCCAGCGCCGACUAUAGCCAUGGGGGCCCCGCAGAUAACGAUGGGCCCCCAUAAGCCUCCGGAAACCAAAUUACUUGCCAUACAUCCCGCGGCAGCCGCGGCCGCUGCUGCUCAACAGCAACAGCAGCAGCAGCAACACCAACAACAACAACAAUCGGCCCACUUGCAACACAACGGCCAACAGCAUCCGCAGGCACAACAGCAGCAGCAGCAGCAACAACAACUGCAGCAACAACAACAACAGCAGCACCAGUUGGCUGGCAGCAACUCCAAACCAGAACAGUUCCACAUUUUUGUUGGCGAUUUGAGUGCCGAAAUUGAAACGCAACAGCUGAAAGAUGCAUUCACGCCAUUUGGAGAAAUAUCAGACUGCAGAGUUGUGCGCGAUCCGCAGACGCUGAAAUCAAAAGGCUAUGGUUUUGUCAGCUUUGUCAAGAAAUCGGAAGCCGAAACCGCUAUUACAGCCAUGAACGGUCAGUGGCUGGGAUCGCGUUCAAUACGCACAAACUGGGCAACAAGAAAACCGCCAGCUACCAAGGCAGACUUGAAUGCAAAACCUUUGACAUUUGACGAAGUUUACAACCAAAGCAGCCCCACAAAUUGCACCGUCUAUUGUGGCGGUAUCAAUGGGGCGCUCUCUGGCUUUCUCAACGAGGAAAUAUUGCAGAAAACAUUUUCACCCUAUGGCACAAUACAGGAGAUACGGGUGUUCAAGGACAAGGGAUAUGCAUUUGUACGCUUUUCUACUAAAGAGGCCGCCACCCAUGCCAUUGUGGCUGUGAAUAAUACAGAGAUCAAUCAGCAGCCAGUGAAGUGUGCGUGGGGUAAGGAGAGCGGCGAUCCCAAUCAUAUGUCCGCCAUUGCCGGUCAGGCGUUGGCCCAAGGCUUUCCCUUUGGCUCUGCAGCCGCUGCAGCAGCUGCUGCCGCCGCUUAUGGUCAGCAGGUGGCCGGCUAUUGGUAUCCACCGGCACCCACAUAUCCCACAGCGGCACCGGCCAGUGCCCUCCAGCCGGGCCAGUUUCUACAAGGCAUGCAAGGUUUUACCUAUGGACAAUUUGCAGGCUAUCAACAGGCCGGCUACAUGGGCAUGGGCGUUCAGCUGCCGGGCACCUGGCAGAGUGUGCCACCACAGCCACAGCUGACGAGCGCGGCUGCCGCCGCAGCACCACAAAUUACUCAGAGCGUGGGCAGCGCCUUGCCGCAAGCUGCUGGUGUUGUGGCCUACCCGAUGCAACAGUUUCAGGUCAGUCCGCAGCUGGCGGAGGAUGAGUGGCUGGCGCCUAGCUUGUUAGUGUAGCUGCCAUGAACGGUGGCCAUGUAUUCCACACAGCAACAGCAGCAGCAGCAGCAACAGCAACAUCAUCCUGCGGCAAUAGCGCAGCAGGCUUCCGGUAUCCC